UUGGGAAACGCGGACGCGCUCCGUGGUCACGUGACGCCGCGUCACGUGACUGGAGCGUCUAUAACAGCCUGUCCGCCGAGCAGCGGCUAAGUUUCCUGUAGGAGCGAGGACACGAUGAAAACACUAUUGGGCUUCUCCGUCCCCCUGUGGUUCGGCUGCGUGGUGUGGGCUGGAUACCUGGAAUAUGACCAGGACGUCCUCAUGCCCGAGGACUGGACCCACGUCGGCCGGGUCCAGCCCACGGACGAGCUGGAGCUGACGUUUGCCUUGAAGCAGCAGAACCUGGAUUUGCUGGAGAUGACGCUGGGGCUCGUGUCAGACCCUGACUCGGCACACUACGGAAAGCACCUGAGCCUGGAGGAGCUGUCUCUGCUGGUGCGUCCCUCUGAACUGACCCAGAAGGUGGUGCGUCACUGGCUGCAGAGCCAUGGGAUUACAAGCUGCCUGACUGUUGGCACUCAGGACUUUUUACAUUGCACCAUGACUGCAGAUGUUGCAGAGACUCUGCUUCCAGGGAGCAGGUUCCACCGCUACAGCAGAGACGGCCAGUUUCUAGUCAGAUCCUCAGCGCCCUACUCCGUUCAUGAUGACAUUCACCAGCACCUUGACUUUGUGGGAGGGCUUCAUCGCUUCCCCCCCACGCAGCAGGUCCUCAGUAAGGAGCUGCAGACGCCUCAGCCGGGGGUUCACCUCGGGGUCACUCCCUCCGUCUUGAGGGCCCGCUACAACCUAACGUCUGCCGAUGUUGGUAGAGCUCAGAACAACAGCCAGGCUGUAGCCCAGUUCCUGGAGCAGUACUACCACCCUGCUGACUUGGCGGAGUUCAUGAGCCUAUAUGGAGGCAGCUUCCAGCACCGGUCCCAGGUGGAUCGAGUGGUUGGCACCCAGGGAGGAGGAAAGGCCGGCAUCGAGGCCAGUCUGGAUAUAGAAUACAUCAUGAGCACAGGGGCCAACAUCUCCACGUGGGUCUUCACUAAUCCAGGACGCCACGAGUCCCAGGAGCCUUUCCUCCAAUGGAUGGUUCUGCUGAGCAACAUGUCUGACCUGCCCUGGGUUCACACCAUCAGCUACGGGGACGAUGAGGACAGCCUGUCCACUGCCUACAUGAUGCGCAUCAACACAGAGUUCAUGAAGGCGGGCGUCAGAGGAAUGUCGCUGCUCUUUGCCUCUGGUGACAGUGGUGCUGGCUGCCGACACCUGGGCAAAGACAAAAACUGCUUUCGACCCAGUUUCCCAGCUUCAAGUCCGUAUGUGACUACAGUAGGAGGAACCUCAUUCAAGAACCCGUUUAAAAUUUCGUAUGAAGUCACAGACUACAUAAGUGGAGGAGGCUUCAGCAAUGUCUUCAAGAUGCCAGGCUACCAGGCUGCUGCAGUGCAGGGGUAUCUAAAGGCGGUAGCGGCAACUCUUCCCCCUCAGUCGUACUACAACGUCAGCGGCAGGGCCUAUCCAGACAUUGCUGCUCUGUCUGACAACUACUGGGUGGUCAUCAACAGAGUGCCGGUGCCCUGGGUGUCUGGAACCUCGGCCUCGGCUCCUGUAGUUGGAGGAAUUCUGUCUCUGAUCAACGAUCAGCGGCUGCUGAAGGGUCUGCCGCCUCUGGGCUUCCUCAACCCUCGUCUGUACAAGCUCAAGGGACGGGCCUUGUUUGAUGUGACUGAAGGAUGUCACCUGGCCUGUCUGGACGAACAGGUUCAGGGGAAAGGGUUCUGUGCAGCACCGUCAUGGGAUCCUGUUACAGGCUGGGGAACACCAAACUACCCCGAACUGCUGGCUGUGCUUGUGGCUCAGUAAAUCAUGCAGUGUGCACCGUCUGCUCUGAGAGCAGGUACCAUACAUUCAUCCACACUCUGAACCAGGUACCUGAUCCUGGAGGCUUUAGAUUUGUUUGAAACGCUGCAUUAUUCCAGUCUACAGGGAUCUUUUUGCUAUUAAUUGUAUUUUUCACUUCAAUCGUGUCUUACAUUUGUCAAUUUAAUGAUAACUCCUUUUCAAAAAAUGUUAUUUUCCUGUCCGGCCUGAAGUAAAGGUCAGCGAUAGAGGUAGUUGGGUUUGUUUCUGCCGUUCUCAGCAUUUUUACUCACCCAGAUAUAUCGUACUACAUACACAAUAGGAAAUUAUGGUUUGCCGGUUGCUAUGCAUAAAGUUAAAAUAGCUUUUUCUGUACACAUCAGGUUUAGGAAUCUGUGUGAACAGACUGUCUCCUAAUUUAGUUUGAUGGAAAGAAAUUCUACUUGCACACAAUUGUGCGUCACUUGUUUCAAAUAAAACACUGUCCUACAUGUGGCUCAAUAUUACCAGGUACUUGAUUUUACGUCUGUUUGUUGCAGCUGUGAAAUUGCACUGAAAUGUGGGUAAAGAAAUUAUUCAAGCAAUUCAGCCCACCAGCAUUGUUGCACAGAUUUUUAUCUAUUUGCCAAGUAAAUCAAAUCAGACAUGAAAUGCAAGAGACUGCCUUGUUUAAUAAAGAUUUUUUUUAACUUGG